AUGACGCUCGGAAAGCUGGUGGUCGCCGGUCUCCUGGCCCCGAUCGGCCUGGCGACCCCCAUCGUGCCUCACUCCCAGGCCAGGGGCCACAGCACCCAGCAACAGUUGAUCAAGCAAGUCCAACUGGGCCCGCGGCCAUACUUCCUGGUCGACGACAUGGACCCAUCUCCGCUCAAGGACGAGCUCGCCGCCUGUUCCGAGAUGGAGAUGCGGCCCUCUCGCUUCUCCAUCGGCCACCGCGGCGGCGGAACGCUGCUGAUCCCGGAGGAGACGCGAGAGUCUGAGCUCGCCGGCCUCAGGAUGGGCGCCGAGGUGCUCGAGUGCGACGUCGUCUUCACUUCGGACCGACAGCUCGUCUGCCGCCACGACCAGUGCGACCUGCACUCGACCACCAACAUCGUCGACAUACCCGAGCUCAACGCCAAGUGCACCAAGCCCUUCACCCCGGCGGACCCGGCAGCCGGCACGCCCGCCAGCGCCAAGUGCUGCGCGAGCGACAUCACCCUCGACGAGUUCAAGACGCUCUGCGGAAAGAUGGACGGCUUCAACGCCACCGCCGAGACGCCCGCCGACUUUUUGCACGGCACCCCCAGCUGGCGCACCGACCUCUACGCAACCUGCGGGACCGUCCUGACCCACCGCGAGUUCAUCUCCCUGGUCGACGAGUUCGGCGGGCCCGAGGUGCAGUUCACCCCGGAGCUCAAGACGCCCCAGGUCCCCAUGCCCUUCGGCGGCAACGGGUCCGGCUACACCCAGCAGGCGUUUGCCCAGCAGAUGGUCGACGAGUACGUGGAGGCGGGCGUCGACCUGAGGAGACUCUGGCCGCAGAGCUUCCUCUACGACGACAUCUUGUACUGGAUCGAGGCCGUGCCCGAGAUCGCGCCCCAGGUCAUCUUCCUGACCGAGACCGAGGGGGAUAUCGCGAACCUGUCCAGCUACGCCGCUGCCGGCGUCAAGAUCAUGGCCCCGCCGCUGCCGUUCUUGGUGUCUGUUGGCGAGGACGGCAAGUCGAUUGUCCCGUCCGAGUAUGCCGGUGAGGCCAAGCGGCUCGGGCUGAAGCUCGUCACUUGGUCGUUUGAUCGGUCUGGCCCGCUGAGCCAAGUCAAGGAGAAGGAUGACUAUUACUUCACUUCGGUUGCUAAUGUGACUAACAACGACGGGGACGUCUAUAAUCUGCUGGACGUUCUGGCGAGGGACGUCGGCGUCAUGGCUGUGUUUUCGGACUGGUCAGCCACGGCCACGUAUUAUGCGAACUGUUUCGGCUUGUUCCCAACGUAUUCCGAUUGGGUAGACUAG